AUUUUGAGCAAUUUUGAGAGAUAUGUAUGUACACGAGGAAACUACGUAGAACGUAGAACUCCACUUGACAUCGUUGGAUUCUAAAAUGAGCGAAAUCAAAGCGAUGACGACAAUAUUACGCAGAAUGUUUAGCAGGAGAGCGCCCAACUGGAAUACUCCACUCGCCGGUGUCCGUAAAAGAAUGCAAUUAAUGGAUCAGGAUGAAUCUGUUGACAGUUUCGAUAACGAAGAUAUAAGCGAGUUCGAAACGGACUUUAUGAACAUUGGUACGAGCCAUAAGAUACACGAAAGGGAGAUGCGGAUCCAAAAAGAGCGUCUUAAACAACAAAUAGUUAAAAAGUAUUUUAAAGAGAAAGAACCACGUUUCCUCACAUUCGCGGAAAAGAAAUUGAUACAAAAAUUACACAGACACAAUCCUGAUGAAUGGACAGUAGAAAAACUCAGCGAGAGUUUUCCUGCUUUACCAGACACAAUACAGAAAAUCUUACGUACUGAAUGGUCGCCGAAAUCAGUUGAGAAAGUUAUGCAAUACGAUAAGGUAGCGAUUGAAAAUUGGAAGAAAUUCCAUGAGGGUAAACUUCCAUUAAAUCCUGCACUUAGUGAACAUCUGAUAAAAUUCAAGGACAGAAAAAUUAUCUUGACAGAUAGAGAGUCAUUAGCGAAACAGUUUGUCCCUAAGCUGGAAUUCAAAAAACCAAAAAGUCAAUUGUUUUCAAGCAUUAUACAAACUUAUCUCGAUGAAAAACAAAGUGACACGAAAUUACUGUCACAGGAGGAUAAUUCAAACAGAGUAGUAGAUAAAUCUGAUCAUUCUGAAAAUCAGAGUUUACUGACUGCAAGCUCCACGACUGAUAAAUCUGUUGUUGUAACAAAUACAAAGAAAUUCGUUUUGGAUAAGCCACAAUCUCUUACAUUACAGUCACGUACAGAUUUAAAAUUUGAUGGAUCAUCAAGUAAGAAGAAAGAAAAACUACUUACAUUCGACGAAUUUGUAAAGGUGAAGCUGGAGGAUAUAAAUAAAGAAUCUUCAGAAGAAGGUACCACUUUACUAAAUGUAUAUAGGAACCAGAUGGAUGUCAGCCAAGAGAUGCAAACUGCUGAAGUUGCUAUGGCAUCUGAUGGUGCAGUGAUUCAUGCAGAGAAGGAUACUCUACCAAAAAUAGUACGAAGAUUCGACAAAGAUGUUACCAUAGUCCCUAAGGAUCAGGAUAAAGAUUUCAAUAUUGUUACAGCAGACGACAAUUUGUUAGACACGAGCAUCAAAGUGUGGCAUAAGAAAGUGGACACAGAUUUAAACUACGCUAAGCCAAUAAAAAUUGCAAAGCAUCUCUACAAACCUGGCAUGACAUAUAGAAUCAGCGAUUGUUAUUACGAUGACGAUGGGGAGUUUUUAUAUAGAGUUCCAGGUGUAUAUAGCUGAAUCUGUUUAUAGUUGUCAGUUAUUAAUGUGCAUAAUAAAUCUUAUGUAAUAUGCAUAUAAUUGAUAUAUGAUAGAAAUGAAAUAAAGGAUUGUAACUUCUUAAAUAU